AUGCUUAGCAACCACACUACGCCCCACCAAACGGCGUUGGGAGAUUUCGAUGUAUCCUUCAAGGACGAUGCUUUCGAUGUGCCUGGAGAUAGCUCACGCUUACGGAAAUCAUUAAUAUAUCAGAGCCCUAGGCAGAUUGAGCAAGUAGAGCCUAACCUUAACGUACCAAUACGGUGGGCGCCAACUGUCUUAUCCUUGAGAUGCAUUGGCUGCAUCUGGGCGGUCAACGCCCACACACGCCAACUCAUGGACGGAGGUCUCUUACGCGGAUUGCCUGAGGUGUUCUUCGAUGCAGAUCAGAUUGGAAGUCUGAUGUUUAUCACCGGUGCUAUUAAUAAUCAUCUUCGAAGCCCAGGACCCCGAAUUCAAGCACAAUCCGAGAACUACGGAACUCUUAAACGCAAAUUCCAUCAUGUAUGUGAAUACCUGAAACAAAUGCAACUCAUGGGCGUAUGUUCAGCCACCAUAUUCCAACACCUUCGCCACCACUUACACUGGAGUACGGUGAUUAGAGCCCGACCAUUUCCUCUUUCGAAGCCGCAAUCCCCAGUUAAUCAAAACGAUGCAGUAUUCUCACUGGCUAGUUAUGUGAAUGGGUAA